CGCUCCCCCUGGCGGGCGGCGGAGGAACAGCAGCUGAAGACGGCGGCGCUAGUGGGUCGAGCUUCGUGUCGAUUCGUCCUCUUCUUCGGUUUAAUCAUCCAACGACGCGUUGUUUGACCGAGAGAAAGGCCGAAGCGGCGCUGUCUCCGUGUAAAUGGCGUCUAACGAUUAUUCCCAAACACCUAGCCAGGGCUAUCCAUCCUAUGGUGGAGGUGGCGGUGCUAGCCAGGGCUAUGGUCAGUCGUCUGGCCCGGGUUACGGCCAGCAGGGCUACGGAGGCUACAACCAGAGCUCGGACAGCAGCUCCAGCUCCUACAACCAGGGAGGCUAUAGCGGCUACAGCCAUCCUCAGUCAGGUGGAUACGGGUCUCCAUCCUCCAACCAGGGUGGUGGCGGUGGCGGGUAUGGUCACUCAAGUCAGUCCUACAGCUCCGGUGGCUAUAACAGCAGCAACCAGCCGUCCAGCAUGAACUACAGCCAGCAGUCGUCAUUCUCCGGGUACAGCCAGCAGCAGCAGCCUCCUCCUCCAUCCUCUGCGGGUUAUGAAGGCAACUCGCCAGCUCCCGGCUACCAGCCACCGAGCAGCGGAGCGAGCGGAGGCGGUUACGGCAGCAGUGGAGGGCAGCCUGGUGGUAACUAUGGGGGCAGUGGGAGCCACCCACAACCGUCUCAGCACGGAGGAGGUCACUACAACCAGCCGCCGAGCUACAACACCCCUCCUCCGCCGAGCUACAGCCAGCAGAGCCAGUACGGGCAGAGUGGAGGAUAUGGAGGCGAUAGCCCGCCGAUAAGUGGAGGAGGAGGCGGAGGAUACGGUGGUCCUGAUGGAGGUUACGGAGGUCAGGAAGGCCGCGGGGGCAGGGGCCGCAGUGGAGGCGGAUUUGGAGGCCGCGGUGGUGGCGGAUACGAUCGAGGUUUUGACCGAGGCGGCCGAGGUGGUCCAAGAGGAAGAGGAGGCAUGGGAAUGGGCGAUCGUGGAGGAUUCAAUAAGUUUGGUGGACCAAGAGAACCAGGACACGGAGGACCCGGCUUCAUGCAGGACCAGGAUAACUCUGAUAACAACACCAUCUUUGUGCAAGGCCUGGGAGACGACUACACUGUCGAAUCAGUGGCUGACUUUUUUAAGCAGAUUGGGAUCAUUAAGGUAAAUAAGAAGACAGGCCUGCCCAUGAUCAACCUGUACACAGACAGAGAGACGGGGAAGCUGAAGGGGGAGGCCACGGUCUCCUUCGAUGACCCCCCCUCAGCUAAAGCUGCCAUCGAGUGGUUCGAUGGUAAAGACUUCAAUGGAAACCCAAUCAAGGUGUCCUUUGCCACACGCAGAGCUGACUUUGGAGGCCGAGGAGGCAUGAGGGGAGGUCGAGGGCGAGGAGGUCCGAUGGGCCGUGGAGGGUUUGGAGGCGGACGAGGUGGAGGUUUCCCAGGAGGCAACGGUGGCAAUGGAGGAGGAGGAGGUGGUGCCGGUGGUGGAGGAGGGCAGCAGAGAGCCGGAGAUUGGAAGUGUUCAAACCCUAACUGUGGGAACUUGAACUUCUCCUGGCGUAACGAGUGUAACCAGUGCAAAGCUCCGAAAGCUGAAGAUGCUGGUGGGAUGUCGCCCAUGGAGCGAGGAGGUUACGGAGGAGGCGGAGACCGCAGAGGGGGGUUUGAUCGGGGUGGCUUCAGGGGCCGCGGCGGCGACCGCGGCGGCGGAGGCUUCAGAGGAGGCCGAGGAGGCGAGCGGGGAGGAUUCGGCCCCGGCAAGAUGGACGUGAGGGGCGACCGCAGGCAGGAGCGGCGGGGCCGUCCCUAUUAGACCAUCCCGGCUGCUCGCCGUGACGACCAGUGUGCACAGGUGUCUGUACGGGACACAGCCCACCCCUCUCACCUUUUAUAUCACUCCUUAUUCAACAUGUGACUCUCCCUGUGUUAGUGUUAGCUGUCGUGAUUCAUCCACACUGUCUGCUCGGCGGGGCGUCGUUUACCAAAACAAGCUUCAAAUCGACAUUUUAAUUGAUCAGAUUUUAUAUCUGCCCGACUCUCCGGGAUCAUGACUGGACACCGCUCUGUUCCAGCUUCACGCUUUCACUCUGUCAGAGUAGCUUUGCAUGAUUCCCAGCUCAAAAUAUUUAUGUCUGAGAAGUGAAUAAAGAUCAUCAGCUGGCGUCACUAUCUGUCCAGAAUUUCACAAAUUUGCAGGAUUUUCAGAGAAACGUGUGCACAAAGCGAGCAGAUUCAGAGCCGUUACCGGUGUUUUGAUCCCUGCUGAUGAACGCGGCACCUCCUCCUGAUGUUCGGCAGGGUCAGUGAGCGACGUACGACGGCUCAGACCGUUCGGGAUCAAGAGGCACAGAUGCCACACCUGCCCGCUGAUGCCAGCUCAUUCUGAUCAUGGCCAGUGUGCGAUGUAAAUGAAGCCCCGGCUCUACAGCUGUGUUUAAGAACUUUUUACUAUUUAUUAUUGGUGUUUUUGUAUCGUGCUCGUGCUGCUUUUCCAAAUGAAAGUGUUGGCCAAGUAA